AUGGCCCAGAACCUACCGAAAAACGUCCAUGUGUCCCGCCAUCCGUGUCUACAGGUGAAGCUCUCCCAGCUUCGAUCAGGCAAGGCAUCAAGCCGUGAAACCAACGACCUAGUCCACGAGAUAGCCACGAUAAUAGGCUGUGAGGCCUUCGCAGAAAACAUCUCCGUGGCCCCCGGCGAGAAGAACACCACCCCCCUCGGAUACGAAUAUACCACUAGCUUCAUAACGCCAGACAAGAUCGCCCUGGUUCCUAUUCUGCGAUCAGGCCUGGGCAUGGUCAACGAAUAUUACAACAACCUCCCCUUCCAGCCAAACUCGACGGGUGUCAACUCCGCCGCAGCAAAGCUAGCAAUCAUCAUCGACCCCGUGGUUGCGACGGGCAGCACUGCCUCAGCGGCCAUCCAGACGCUGCGUGAGUGGGGGGUGGAACGGAUCUUGUUCCUGUGUAUCUUGGGUAGUCAUGCCGGUCUUAUCAAGGCGGCGGGGGAGUGGGAGGAAGGCGUGCAGGUUUGGACGGGGGCCGUGGACGAGCAGGUUGACAUGAAGGGAAUGAUCCAGCCUGGUCUGGGGGAUAUUGGGGAUAGGCUUUUCUCGGCCGGCGUUAAUUUAAAUUCGAUGCUGCAAGGGAAGAGAGCGGUUCACCAUCAAUAUGAUGAGAUUAUUUGGGUUAUGUUAAGUAAAGUGUCUGUAUGGUACACGCAAUUUGUAGUAGACCAGAGAAGAGAAGCGCAGAGAGAACACGAAAGAAAAAGAGCAGAAUCAACCAUGGAGAAUAAAAAGAGAAUCGAAGAUCUGACCAAGGGAAUAAGAAAGGAUAAAUCAAUGAAUAGAAUAGAUGGAUAG